AUGGCGGCUACCAGUCAUGCUGUGGAUCCUGAUUUAGCAAAGGCAUUUGCUAAGCUCCUCUCGAAUGUUCAGAUUGAAAGUCUCAAUAGAACAAUCCAGCGUACCGCACUUGUUAAACAGGAAGUUGCAAGCCUGCCCCCAGAAACAAAAAUUUACAAGGCAGUUGGUAGAAUUUUUUUGCUGCAAAAGCAGAACCAGCUGAUACAAAGCUUGAAAAGCAAGCAGCAGUCAUUCGCUGAGAAAAUCAAAUCCUUGGAGGCAUCUAAAGAAUAUCUACAAAGGAACAUUGAGGAAUUCAAGAACAAUGGCAGGGAACAGGUGAUGACAAGCAGAGUUCCCGCUAACAAAUUAUUGUUUAGAUUGAAAGUAUAG